AUGUGUCCAGGACCCCGAAGAUCGGGCCAUGUGCUGUUUUGCACUACGACAAAAGACAGCUUUGAGGUCAGCCCAUCUUUGGAGGCGUUUGCGAUGCUGUCAUCGGCGGGACGGGGAGACGGGACCGAGGGGACGUCGGCUCCUUUGCGGCCUGGCCCUUUGUUCGGAGUUAGUGAAAGGACUAAAAAGGCCAUGUGUUUGUGGAAGGCUGAGACGUCGUCAAGCAAUGACGACAAUGGGCCGCGGAGGCGAUUUGUUUACCGUCUGUUUGGUCGCACAAGGACACAUCGCGAAGGUGAGGUCGGCUCUGGCGUCACUUGCUGGGUUAAGCUUAUCCAUGAUCGCAAAAUGGGCCAAUGA